AGGAUAUCGACGCCGCCGUGAAGAUCUGCAGGGAGACCCAGAACGCGGCGGCCUGCUACCACCUGGCCAGGCACCUGGAGGCCGACGGAAUGGUCAAGGAGGCCAUCCAGUACUUCCAGAAGGCUGGCAGGCUCUCGCACGCACUUCGGCUGGCGCAGGAGAACAAUUUCGACGGGGACCUCAUGAGCCUUGCUCUUGCAUCUGAUCCUGUUAACAUGGCGCAGGCGGCGAAGUACUACGAGCAGAGAGGGCACCCGUCGAAGGCGGUGCAGCUCUAUCAGAAGGCCGGCCACCAGAAGCGGGCCUUGGAGCUCUGCUUCUCCGCCAAGCUCUUCGACGCGUUGCGCAAGAUCGCGGGCGAGCUCAGCGCGGACUCGGACCCUGAGGUCUUGGCCAGAUGUGCCGAGUUCUUCAUGGAGCACAGCCAGCAUGACAAGGCCGUGCACCUGCUCUCGAUGUCCCACCAGUUCCAAAGGGCAAUCGACCUCUGCACGGAG